UGGCCUCAGGAUGAGGCAAAUAAGAUUUUGGAUAUUUUUCGAAAAAUAAUUACUGUUAGAGACACACCAUAGGAGCUGUAAAAUGAGCUCCUUAAGUGCACCAAUUCCAUGCAAAUUUUACACUAAGGAACCAAAUCUUAGAAGAGGAAGAAGAAGCCGCAGCAUUAUAUUUUCUUCUACAUCCUCCACUACAAGCACAACCACCAUUAAACCCUCAAAAGAUGAGUCUUACACUGUUAGUUUCAAGACACAAAGGGCUUGCAAGCUUGGCAUUUCAAGGUACCCUGAUUUUGAAUAUGAUGCACAAGGUGGAAUUGGAACUGGUUCUGUUGCAAAGGUGGCCACAGAUAACAUUAAUGAGCUUCUUGUUUCAUUUGACCUUAAGACACUCUAUAUUCCACCACUAACUAAUUCUACAACCAAGUUUCUGGGGUUGCCACUGCCCCCAUUCUUAAAGAUUGAUAUAGUCCCAGAAGCAUUCCAAGGAACCAUUAACCAAGACUCUGGCAAGGUUGAUUUUGAAUUCAAGGCCAAGUUCUUGUUUUCUGCUGGGAGUAUCUACAAGGCUCCACCACUAACGGUGAAGACGGUGUUGACAUCUGAAGAAUCGAAGGGUGACAUGAAAAGUGGUAGAGGGAAGAGAUUGGAUGAAGAGGGGAAUUGCAGGCUGGUUGGUGUGGCAAAAGUUGAUCCAAUUGAUGAUUUUCUCAUGAAUUCCUUCCUUGCCCUUCCAACUGAGUGCCUUGCUGAUCUCAAUGCUGUGAUCUCGUUUUCUGCCUCAUCUUAAAGAAGAGAUCAUCAUCACACUUUGGAUAUUGUUGAAAUCUGUUUUUAGUGUUUUUGUAAUAAGUUGGGAAUAUUGAGUAAAGGUUUCAGCGAAUACAGAAGUUAAAAUUGGAUUAGUUUAUUCA